AACCUCCUCCACAAGGCCACCAUCCCAGUGGUAUACUAAACAAGCUCAUUGUUAUGAGGAAUAUCCAGCCAUUGAUUCAUGUCACGAGUCAUGACUAUAGCAAAUUGGAAUCACUAUAAAUAGAAACCGCUCUGCAUGCUUCAUCUUUCAUAACAACAAACCAAAAAAAAACACAAGCCGACACAAAAUGAAGAUGACUCUCUUCUCAGUUCUGUCCCUCUCUCUCCUCGUCUUUGUCUCUCUACCAUCUCCAUCUCUCUCCGAACCCGAAAUCUGCAAUUCCGAAGACAAAAAAGUCCUCCUGAAAAUCAAAGCAGCCCUAAACAAUCCCUACCUCUUGGCCUCAUGGAACCCAGAAACUAAUUGCUGUGAUUGGUACUUAGUGAAGUGUGAUGAAAUCACCAGUCGUAUCAUUUCCCUCAAUAUCUUUGGCGGUAACAUCUCCGGUCGAAUCCCGCCAGCUGUCGGUGACCUCCCAUACCUCCAAACCUUAAUCUUCCGCAAACUUACCAACCUUACCGGUUCAAUCCCUUCUGCCAUUUCCAAACUCAAACACCUCAAAUGGAUAAGAUUGAGCUGGACCAACCUCUCUGGUCCUGUUCCUUCAUUCUUUACUGAGCUUAAAAACCUAACCUACCUUGACCUGUCCUUCAAUGACCUCACCGGUUCAAUCCCUCCCGAGCUAGCCCAACUCACCAACCUCGCUGCCAUUCACUUAGACAGGAACAAGCUCACCGGAACCAUACCCGAAUCCUUCGGAAAGUUCACCGGAUCAGUCCCAGACCUCUAUCUCUCUCACAACCAACUCACCGGACCAGUACCAAAAUCUUUGGGUAAUUUGGACUUUACAAGACUUGAUCUUUCACGUAACCAGCUUUCGGGUGAUUUGUCAUUCAUCUUCGGAUCCAACAAAACCAUGCAGGUAGUUGACUUCUCCAGAAACAUGUUCGAGUUUGAUCUCAGCAACGUGGUUUUUCCAGCGAGUUUGAUAUGGUUGGAUUUGAACCAUAACAAAGUCUUUGGGAGUCUGCCUGCGGGUUUGACGGCGGUGGAUUUACAAUUCUUUAAUGUUAGUUACAAUAGGCUGUGUGGUCCGAUUCCCACCGGUGGGAAGUUGCGGAGCUUUGAUCUCACGUCGUAUUUCCACAACCGGUGCUUGUGUGGCGCUCCAUUGCCAGCCUGCUAGUAGCUUCACCAAGUCAAGUUUUAAAUUUCAAGUUUAAAGUCAACAUUGUAAGAGUGAGUCUCAUAUCUUGUGAGCCACAUCAUUUGUAAGAUAUCUACGUCUUAUUUUGUGUUUCAUCUUAUGUGUCUCUACACUUAUUGUUGUAAUAAUAACAACAAUGUUAGGUAUCAUGAAAAA